GGGGCGUGUGAAUAGGCAAGGGUUAAGGGUUAGGGUUGAACUUGAUCCCCACUGAGUGACGGUGGGUGGCGAAGGGCAGUGCACAAGCUGUGAAUGUGUCUGUGAUAAAACUCGAAGAUGUCCUUGUUUGUGCGUUCCUUGCCGCAGAUCGGUGCGUUGCGGCAAUUGGGUGGAGUUCGAACCAAUUACUCAGACACCCGCAAGUUCCUGAAGAUAAAUGCCGAUACCCGGGUAAUCGUCCAGGGCUUCACGGGCAAGCAGGGCACAUUCCACAGCAAACAGGCGAUCGAAUAUGGCACUAAAGUUGUUGGAGGAACAACCCCUGGAAAGGGUGGACAGAAGAACCUCGACCUUCCUGUCUUCAAUUCUGUGAAAGAGGCCAAAGAUGCAGUUGGAGCAGACGCAACCUUUGUUGCAGUUCCCCCUCCAGUAGGAGGCAAAGCCAUCUUGGAGGCGAUUGAUGCUGAAAUUCCCCUCAUCGUCUGCAUCACAGAGGGUAUUCCUCAACACGACAUGGUGCGUGUCAAGCACAAGCUGCUCCGUCAGAACAAGUCUCGCCUUAUCGGUCCCAACUGCCCUGGAAUCAUCGCUCCAGAGAGGUGUAAAAUUGGUAUCAUGCCUGGCAAUGUUCACAAGCGAGGGAAAGUAGGCAUUGUUUCCCGAUCCGGUACUCUUACUUAUGAAGCAGUGCACCAAACCACAAGGGCUGGUUUGGGCCAAACUCUGUGCAUUGGUAUUGGUGGUGAUCCGUUCAAUGGAACAGACUUCAUUGACUGCUUGGAGGUAUUCCUUCAGGACCCUGACACUGAGGGUAUUGUACUUAUUGGAGAAAUUGGUGGCGUCCAGGAAGAAAAUGCUGCCAAGUACCUUAUCGAACAUAACUCUGGCCCCAACGCCAAGCCUGUAGUAUCCUUCAUUGCGGGUCUGACUGCGCCUCCCGGCCGCCGAAUGGGCCACGCUGGCGCCAUCAUUUCUGGAGGAAAGGGAGGAGCCCAGGACAAGAUUAACGCUUUAGAAAAGGCUGGUGUGGUUGUUACGAGAAGCCCUGCCCAAAUGGGCAACGAGUUGUUGAAACUUAUGUUGAGGAAAUGAAGAACUGACUCUUUGACUUCUUGUUCGUCUUUCCCAUCUUUCCGUUACUAGUGGGCUUGCACAUUUAGCUGCCAACUGCAGGCUUUGCUACUGGAAAACACCAUUUGUUCACAUUUGAAUGUAUAUCCCGUCCUGUAACAUUUCAAAAACACUGCAUCAAAAUGCCAAGUAGGUUUCAAUUGUAUCCUCCAUUUAGUCAUCAUCUUGUAACUGCUUGUUACUCCACUGCCAUGUUGCACUUGAUGUCUUACAAAGAAUGAUAUUUUAACCAUAUCCAUUGGAGAAUCUUUUUUUCUUAUGUAGAGCCAUUGCUAAUGGAAGCUUUUAAAGAAUUGCUUGCAAUCAUGACAUGUUCUGAUCUUUUAUUCUGAACUUAUUGAUGAUAUUCUGUUUUCUGGUCAAUGAUUGAGGAUUGUCUGACGGCCUCUGCUGUUACUUUAAUUUUAUCAUUGUUAUCUGUUAAACAGCAGUCUUGUUUUACCAUGCUUUUUGUUUUCUUAUUCUGUACAAGUGUAUGUGAAUACAUUACUAAUCUUAAGAAUAAUAAGUCAUCUCCUCGGCUAUGAUAUUGUUACCUAUUUGGAUUUCCAUUUUAUUGUGCAUAAAAUCCUGCAUUUGUAUAUA